AUGCGGAUGUGGAAUAUGAACACAGAAUUGGUCGAAGAACCCUUCAGAUGGGAUCAGCGAUCGUAUUCAAUAGUUCUACGAAUAAUGAAAUUGCAACAGCAGGGGACUGUGUUGCAUUUUGAGAAAUAUGGAUCUGACCCUCAACCAAAUAUAGGUCGCACGAAUGGUACUGUAGAAAAUGGUAAUUCAAAAAAGAAUGAUGAAUUAGCAUCUCUUACUACUGCUAAAUCAUCAAAUACAGAAAACUGGCGUACUGUUACAUGUACUAUUUACUCACGUGCAUCUAGCUCCGGUGAAUAUCGCAUCAUCCAGUUGCUUGGAAAUUCGUAUACAAAAUUUCUUCAUGGUGCGGACGAGACUUAUUCCUACGAGCUUGAAAAGAACUGA